UCUCUCACCCCAUUGGACUUAAUUUUCCCGUCACCACCUCCCUAGAACAUUCUUAGAACAAAAAGUCUAGAACUUCACCUCCGUGUAACAAUAUUUAUUUCGUAAGGUCGAUUAAUCCUUAAAACAAAAAUAAAUUUCCCUCUUUUUAAAAAAGGUACAUCCAAAUCUUCGAUUUCUGCAACUUUAAUGGCGUCCUUUACCAUCUUAGGAGCUCUAGCUUCGGCUAUAAUUGUAUCAAUGGCGGUUUUGCCUUCUUCCUCUGCUCUCGUUUCAUCUCCCGACGUCAAUCCACCGUUUCCGAAAGCGAUUUCUGAUUUGAAGGAAGCUGUAGUGAAAGGAUUAGGGUUCCAGACAGAUGAUUUCAAAAUAACGGGGUUUGAUAUGAGGGAUACGUUGGUGGGGCAUUCAGUGGCGUAUGAGUUUGAUGUCGAAAUCGACAAUAAGGUACUCCCAGUGAAGCUUUUGGAGGAUGUGAAACGAUGGGAAUAUGUCGAUUUGCCAAUAUUUCGGGUGGAAAAGCCUGUUAAACCAGGGGAGGAGAAUGGAUUGAUUGAGAGGAAGAUGAUGGAGGAAAAUAUGGGUCCAGUUUUAGCACCCUUUCAGCUUGCAGGUCCUAUGGAGCUCUGGAUUCAGGAUGCCAAACACAUGAGGCUCUCAUUGCCGCAUGAUGUGGAUGCUGGUGAAUUGCGAAAAGUAAUUCUUGCAGAAGGUGCUGUUGUAACAGUCAAGGGUGCAAAAUCAGUAAGCUUGCGCCAGCCUCUUGAACUCCCACUACCCUUGAACCAAACUCAAAAUGGUUUCGCCUCUGGUCUCCUCAGUCUAGCACAGCACCUUCACCAUGUUUCUGGUUCAAAAGGUGCUCCCCUUCUCUCUCUUCGUGUUGUAGGCCCUACCUCCCUGGCAUCUCCUUCUCCUUCCUCACACUCAUCAUCCAACCGCUUGAAGCUGAAACGCCUUGCUCCUGGUCUGGUUGAAUUGUCUUCACCAUCAACUAACAAACCCGUUGAAAUAGCCACUGCCAUUGAUAUCCCAAGUGAAGUUCCUACUCUUCUAACACCUGAACAAUUUACCACAUUGUGGCCCAUGUCCUCUUUGAAUGGUUCAAAUUCAAACUUGCUUGGUCUUGAAAAAUUGCUCUCUUCUGUGUUGGGGCCUAAAGCCAACAAAAAGGGUUCCUUCAGGCUGUUAAAGGCUGAUGUUUCUGCUCAGACGUACUUGAAGGUUGGAUUCAAGGUGGAGAAGCAGCUCCAAGAAGGAGAUGGGAUCAACCUGGAGGGCUUUCCUGAGUGGAGGACAAAGCCCGAGAAGGUGAAGAUGCAUUUCGAAGCCCUUGCUAAGGUAGAGGGGGAUAGAGUUAUACCCGAAAAAGUUACACAGGUUCAUCCUGUUAUUUUGGAGGAUACAGUGGCUCCUAGUGUGUUGUUAGGCAAUGUAACAAUGUCGAAAAUGCCAAUAUUUCAUCAACCAUCAAACCCACUUACCCUGUAAUAUAUACAACUUCACUCAAGUACAAAAAUAUACAUUGAUCAACAGCUGUAGAUAUGAGAUCCUCCCCUCCCUGUAUAUUUUACCGGAAAUUAUACGUACUGCUAAUAGUUUCAUCUUUUGAUUGUUUAA